CGACUCACUCAGGUCGCCUCUCUCGCGCGCGCUCACGCCUCCUGGCGACCUCGUGAGCCUGUGAGAUCCGCGCGACCAAAACAAAACACAGUGGCGCGCAGUUUAUAGGCGCUUAUAAGCGCUCAGCGGAUACAGCGCAUAAAUAGCAAAGAAGAAAGACAGAUGAGAGAAAACAAGAGCGAGGAAACAACACCGGAAGUGGGCGGUUGAGAGAGUGAGAGAGCGAGAGAGAGAGAGAGUGCGCACAGCCCGCUGGUGGAAGCGGACACACGGGCAGCUCAGGUUGUCUCGCCGCUUUUCCUUUCCUUUCCUUUCCUUUCCUUUCUCUCCCUGUGAAUCUAUCCGGAGAUUUCUGCGGCAGUUUUAUGCAACUUGACAAGACGUUUCCACUCCCUGCCGAGGUUUCACUGUGCUUCUCUUCAGUCGCUCUUUGUGCAUGGUAACACAGGACUGAAGACAAGCGAUGGCGGUGUGGAUUCAGGCCCAGCAGUUACAGGGUGACGCCCUGCACCAGAUGCAGUCUCUCUACGGCCAGCAUUUCCCCAUAGAGGUGCGACACUACCUGUCCCAGUGGAUAGAGGGCCAGCUCUGGGACGCUAUCGACCUGGAGAACCCGCAGGAAGAAUUUAAAGCUAAACGCUUGCUGGACAGUUUAAUUCAAGAACUACAGAAAAAGGCAGAACAUCAAAUGGGAGAGGAUGGCUUUCUGCUCAAGAUUAAACUAGGCCACUACGCUUCACAGUUAAAGAGCACAUAUGACCGAUGUCCACUGGAGCUGGUGAGAUGCAUCAGACACAUUCUGUACACAGAGCAGAGACUCGUCAGGGAAGCUACUAAUUCGAGCUCUCCGUUGAGUGGGAUGAUGGACAGCAUGUCUCAGAAGUACCAGAAGAUAAACCAGGUGUUCGAGGAGCUGAGGGUCCUGACGCAGGACACAGAAAACGACUUGCGCAAGCUUCAACACAACCAGGAGUACUUCAUUAUACAGUAUCAGGAGAGUCUUCGAAUACAGGCUCAGCUCUCGAGUCUGACAACGCUGCCUCCCGCCGACAGACAGCUGCGAGAGCCGAGCCUCCUCAGCAAGAGAGCCACGGUUGAAGCCUGGCUCACCAGAGAAGCCAACACCCUGCAGAGAUACAGACUGGACCUAGCAGAAAAGCACCAGAAAACGCUGGCAUUGUUGCGGAAACAGCAGACAUCGAUACUUGAUGAUGAGCUGAUCCAGUGGAAGAGACGACAACAGCUCGCCGGCAACGGAGGACCACAUGAGGGAGGACUGGAUGUCCUGCAGUCAUGGUGUGAGAAGCUCGCAGAAACCAUUUGGCAAAAUCGGCAGCAGAUCAGGAGGGCGGAGCAUUUAAGGCAGCAGCUGCCAAUCCCCGGCCCCAUCGAAGAACUUCUCAAUGAUCUCAACAGCACCAUCACUGAUAUCAUCUCAGCGCUCGUCACCAGCACCUUCAUCAUAGAGAAGCAGCCGCCUCAGGUGCUGAAGACUCAGACAAAGUUUGCAGCAACGGUGCGUUUGCUAGUGGGAGGAAAACUUAACGUCCACAUGAACCCUCCUCAGGUGAAAGCCACCAUCAUCAGCGAGCAGCAGGCCAAGGCACUGCUCAAAAACGAAAACACCCGGAAUGACAGCAGUGGAGAGAUCUUGAAUAAUAACUGCGUGAUGGAGUAUCACCAGACCACAGGCACCCUGAUUGCACACUUCAGGAACAUGUCUUUGAAGAGGAUCAAGCGUUCAGACCGGCGUGGGGCGGAGUCCGUAACCGAGGAGAAGUUCACCAUCUUGUUCGAGUCACAGUUUAGUGUCGGUGGCAACGAGCUAGUUUUUCAGGUCAAGACCCUGUCUUUACCAGUCGUGGUGAUCGUCCAUGGAAGUCAGGAUAACAACGCGACAGCCACAGUUCUCUGGGACAACGCUUUUGCUGAACCUGGCCGAGUCCCUUUCCUUGUUCCUGACAAAGUGAUGUGGCCACAGCUAUGUGAAGCACUCAAUAUGAAGUACAAAGCAGAGGUGCAGUCGAACCGAGGCCUGUCUGAGGAGAACCUGGUCUUCCUCGCUCAGAAGGCCUUCAGCAGCUCCAGCUCCAACCCUGAGGAUUACCGGAGCAUGACCAUGACCUGGUCCCAGUUUAACAGAGAAAGCCUUCCAGGUCGAAACUUCACAUUCUGGCAGUGGUUUGACGGUGUCAUGGAACUCACGAAAAAACACCUGAAGCCUCACUGGAACGAUGGGGCAAUCUUGGGCUUCGUAAAUAAGCAGCAGGCUCAGGACAUGCUGAUGUCCAAACCUAAUGGAACGUUCCUGUUGCGCUUCAGUGACUCUGAGAUAGGAGGCAUCACCAUCGCAUGGGUGGCAGAGAAUCCCAACAAAGCAGGCGAGAGAAUGGUGUGGAACCUCAUGCCCUACACAACCAAAGACUUCUCUAUUCGCUCUCUGGCUGACCGCAUCAGUGACCUGAACCACCUGCUGUUCCUGUACCCCGACCGACCCAAAGACGAGGUCUUCUCCAAAUACUACACCCCUCCACUGUCGAAAGCAGUGGACGGCUACGUCAAACCACAGAUCAAACAAGUCGUCCCAGAGUUCACGACGCCAAAUCCAGACCCAGCAGCAAAUCCGACCUACAUGGAUCACGCAGCAUCACCAGCUGUCAGUCACCCACAGCCAUAUGGCAUCUACCCUUCGAUGAGCGACAGCAUGCUGGAUGGCGAUGGCGACUUUGAUCUAGACGACACCAUGGAUGUAGCAAGGCACGUGGAGGAGCUGCUCCGCCGGCCGAUAGAAGGCCAGUGGAGCGGCCAGCAGUCAUGACCUCGCGACCUCUGACCUCUCUCCCUUAACAAUGGCUUAUUCCAUUCAUCUCUCCUUCCCUUUCCCUUCCCUUCAUUUCAUCCCUAAUGUGAAGCUCAGCGAUGGAUGUGGUUUCUUCUAAUUUUAUUUGUUUUUUUUGUUUUGUUUUUUUUAAAUACUACUAGCGCUCUCUUAAACUCAAUACUACCAAACAGUAUUGUGAAAAAAAUCUUGUUAUACACGUGUUCCUUUUUUUUUUUUUUUUUAGUUCUUUUAGUUUUGUUUCAUUUGAAGUGAAAUUGUCUGUCAGCAUCAGAAAGCCCAGAAUUGUAGAACUGUACUACUGUAAAAAGAUCUUUUAUUUUCCCGUUAUUAUUUUUAUCUUUUAUUUUAUACUGUGUCCAGAUUUUUAUUUUAGUUUUUAGGUUUGUUUGUUUUUUCCCCUCUCUCCCCAAAAGUUCACGUGUACAACCCGUUGCACUCUGAAUCAAAUGCCUCUUUCUUUUGUUGGGUCGGGAGGGGGGAGAAAAAUGAGAUCACUGUUACCGUGGCGACGAGAGAUCACUGUUGUAAUGUAUAUUUGAUACACUAAAAGCGGAAUUCAGUUGUGGUACAGCCUUUUAUAGUCAGCGUGUGUAAAAACGUUCCUGAGCAGACUGGACAUGCAUUUUAAUGAGUGAAUAUAUUAAAUACACUCAUCAUCAUCAUCAUCAUCAUCAUCCACAGACGAGCAAGAAAUAUCGAAGAAGUCAGGGUAUUUGAUGACCCGAGAAAUUCUCUCUCUCUCUCUCUCUCUCUCUCUUACUUACACACACACACACACACACACACACACACAGUGACGUGUCUCUCCCUCUCGCUCUGUUUCUCCAGCUGAAUAAGCGUGUGGUGAUGUAUUUGUGCGCCGGACAAAUGCCGUUCUAACGCAUGCUGUACACCCUCUAUACCCAGAGCCGCAGGUGAACCACUGCACUUGUUGUCAUAGUGAUGAAUGCUGCUCCAAUCCUGUAUCCAAUUACCAACCUUUAUCUAUAAGACGUGAACCCGCCCACCCUUAUUCUCCCACUUUUUCCACAUGUAUGUUCACUUUUUGGACAUGCGCGCGCGCGCACACACACACACACACACACACACACUCUUAUACACUCAGGACAAAGAAGUGUAGUGGUUGUAUUGUUUAUGCUAAAGGAAGUAACAAAUAUAAGUAACAUAUAUAUAUAUAUAUCAGGGCUUUGAACCAGAAUUUUUUUCCUAUUGGUUCGUUCCGAACAGAAACGGAAUUUUAACGUUUCCGGUUUUGGGUUCCACCAGUAAAUAGACGUUCCCGAACCGGUUAGAACAAAAAAAUUUUGGUCCCGGAACGGUUAAUUACGUUCCCUGUCAGCUGUUUAACAAAUGGCUAUAAAAUUAUGUCUCUGUCUCAUCCAGUUUAAGCCAAAUGUAGGCUAAUUCUAUUACAACCUUCAUUAAAUAAGACAAGAAAUAAUUCAAAACAAUUAUUAUUUCAAAUGUUGGCGAUUUGGAUUCUCAGUAUGUCUUCCCAUCUACACAAACAGAAAAAGUGCCAAAAAUGAAAGAGAAUUGGUUUAGUGUGUUACCAAAGGCUAGUCAGGCCCUAUGCAUUGAUAGGCUAACAGAGGUUAACGUCAUUUAAUGUUCAUGAGCCUCUCAUUAACGUGGACAAAUAUAUUGAUAUCGUGUUUGAAAUUGACGUUUUUGAAUAACGAUAGACUGCAAUAUUUACCUCUUAUUUAAGAUGUGGAGACGUGAUAGUAGUCCACCCUCCUGCUCUCUCCAUUCAGUCAGCGAACGUCACACAGGAAGUGAACCCCAGCGGGUCAUAGAAACUUGCGCAGGAGAAGAAUGACUUUUUUAUUUGUAGGCUACGGAAACUUUGAGGAACGAAAUAAAAACCGGUAUUAACCGGUUACCAUUAUUUUUAAUAAGCGUUUCUGUUCCGGGACAUAAAAAAUAAUAAAGUUUCUGGUUUCGUUUCUGUUCCAUGUGAAAUAGAAAAAGUUCCCGGUUUUCGUUUUUGUUCCUUGAACCGGUUCAAAGCCCUGAUAUAUAUAUAUAUAAAAACCAGUUAAAAGUUUGUACACCGCACUCAUUAUAUUUUUUUCUGUAGUUUGACCGUUUUCGACAUUGUAGAACAAUACUGAAGACAUCAGUACGAUGAAAUAACAUCUGGAACAUAUAUGGAAUGAUGUGGUAAACAAAAAAAGUGUUCAAAAAGACAAAAUGUUUCAUAUUUUAGAUUCUUCAAAGUAGCCAGCAUUUACCUUGAUGACUCUUUGCACACUCUUGGCGUUAUCUUAACCAGCUUCAUGAGGUCGUCACCUGGAAUGCUUUUCAGUUAACAGCUGUGCCUCAUCAAAAGUUAAUUAGUGGACGAGUUUCUUGCCUUCUUAAUGCGUUCAAAACAGUAAAUAAUAAAACUACAGUAAAUAGCCCUAUUCAUACUACAACUGUAGUAAUCCAUAUCAUGUCAAGAACCGAACAACGAAGUAAAGAGAAACGACAUCCAUCAUUACUUCAAGGCAUGAAGUGUCUUUUAAUUAACAAAUUUAAAGAACAAAUGUUGAAUUAGAAGGUGUGUCCAAACUUUUGACUGGUAUGCAUGUGUGAAUUUAUUUUUCUUGAACAUAAUUCUGUUUUAUUACUCUGGAAGCUCUCUCUAUGCUCUAUGCGCUGUGUUCUGUGAAUGCAACCUGAACACUUGGUAGUAGAAGCCUCUUGGCGGUGACUGAAAUCAGCCAUUAAAGGAGCACUUUGUGAUUUUUCGAGCCCUCUGCUCUUUACAAGGAGAAAUGCAGCUGCAGUGACACCAUUAACACACGUCUUUUCUGCGAAAAAGAAAAGAAAAAUUACAAACACACACUCUGAAACUAUGCACGCAUCUCUGUUUCAUCUGAGAUCAUUUCCGGGCCAGAAAAUGUAAACAACAUGAAAUUGAAAAGAAAGAGAGAGCGAGAGGACUUGGCUGCAUGCUGAUUUAUCUUCGCUUCAAACGGUUCGCUUUUGAAAGGUCUAGAAACAUUUUACAAAUUACAAACUGCACCUUUAAAUGAAGAAAAGAGCGAGGUCAGCGUCAGAGUGACUUUUCUACCAACACUGCGAUGUCGCUUUUACUCCUCAGCCAAGCUGUUGGAUGACUAAAAUAAAAAAAAGCCAUACAGCGAAUGUGCACUUAGCCACUGUGCUUCAUGUGUUUUCUGCAAAUGUUCCUGAUUAACACCGUUUGAUUCAUCUCAAUGUACCUAUCGAACUUCAUCCUACUUAUGUUGGAAGUUGUGUGAUUUUUUUUUCCCUCCUUAAUCCUCUUUUUUUAAUGAUUCUUUUUGUGAGACUGGUCAGUCUCGUCACUCGGGCGUCAGUCUGUCACACUCUCGGUGGCAAUGGACAUGUGUGUGGGUGUGUGUUUGUGUGUUGUGCGUGAGGUGGUGUGUUUGUGUUUAACCCACGUCUUGUGAGUGUUCCCAUGUUUUUUUUUUUCGGUUGUAGUGCUUGAAUAUGUGUUUUAAAAGAACAAUUGAAAAUAAAGUUUUAUAAAUAAUUUAAACUGUA